GUAGUAUACUUGCAUUAGUUUUCUUUUCACACUAAAAAAGUUGCAGAUAUGGCGGAUAUUUCUCGAGAGGAAAAGCUUGCAGCUGCGAGGAAAAAGCUCCAAAAGUUUCAACAAAAGCGCACCCCAUCCAACACACCUACUGGUGGCCCAUCUGCAAAAAGUGCAAAGACGAAAACUGGGAAGGCCAAGCCUAGCAGUAGACCAGAGAGUCCUGCUCCACGUCAGGUCCAGACUGAACCGGCCAAUAAGAGGUUAGCAGACCAUCGGGCCAGGCAAGAUGAGGUGGCAGCAAGUGCAAGUUUUAUCUCACAAUCACCGCAUGAGAAAGGGCCAAACUCAAAUGGGCUUCCAUCAUCAAGUAAGCCAUUGUCAUCAAGUGAAAGUCUCAGACAGAUGUCACAGCAGCUGAAUGGACUCGUGGCAGAAACUGCACUUGUCAAUGGUGAAAUUGGAACAGGAACAAAUGGAAUGUCUGAUUUAGAGAUUCGCAAUCAAGAACUUGCAGCCGAGGUAGAUCAUCAAACGCAGGCUAAUAAGAGACUGUUACUGGAGGCAGAACAGUUGAAACAGCAGUGCAAAAGGUUACAGGACAGUAUUGAAAAGGAGAGGAAUGAGUUUGGUCACCAAGCACAUAAAGAGCAGAGCGCCCUAAAAGAGCAGCUUCAGGUUCACAUUCAAACGAUUGGUAUUCUAGUAUCCGAGAAGUCUGAUCUACAGAGUGCGCUCGGACAAAUCCAGGCUGGCUUCAAACAUAAGACUGAUGAGGUAGAGAAUCUAGCAAGUCGUCUUCAAGUUUCAAGACAGCGAGUGGCUGAACUGGAGAGAGGACUCGCCAGUGCUAAAAAUUCAUCUACACAGUUAACGAAGACAAGCAAAGAACUGGACAAGGAGCGAGAUUCAUUGAAAUUAGAUGUAUAUAAACUGAGGAAAACAAAGGAUGAGUUGAGUCAGCAAAAUUCAGAAUUAUCAAGUCAGCUACGAGCAAAGUCCACAGAAAAUGAGCAGUUAGGUCAAGUCCUGGGUCAACUUCAAGAGAGAUUGAAUCUAGCGGAGCUUCAGGUCCAGCAGCUGACCGCUCAGACCGGUCAGUCACAGGACACGCAACUCACCAUCAGCAGACUGCAAGAAGAGAAAGCAGACACAGAUAGAAAACUAGCUCAGUAUAUGCAGUCAGUAGAGCAAUUGACAGCCGAACGCCAAAAUCUUCACCAGCAAUAUCAACAGCAUUCCUUACAAUACCAGGACCACAUCCAGCAAAUCACUGCCCAGAAUGAAUCUUUUACUAAGGAGAAGAUUCAUCUACUAUCAAGACAAGAAGAGCUUCAGCAUCAGAUUAACGUCCUUGAAGAAAACCAAGCUGAGCAGAUGAAGGAUGACGUGAGUGUUAGCAGCGUGAGUCAGGAAGAAGUCAUCAGGCUGGAACAAAGACUAGCUGCGAUGGCCGAAGAAAAAGAAGCAAUACAUUCCCAGUAUCAAGUUGUGGUGGCGGACAAUGCCAACCUGAGCAGGCUCCACGAGGAGAAAGAGGACGAGGUGGAGGAGUUGGGAAGAGUGCUGUCAAGAUUUAAGGAGGAGUCCGUCGACAAGGGCUCCCUCUUGGAGGGGAUCCAGAGCGACAAGGCAACCAUCAGCAGAGCGAUGGCUCAGAAUAAACAACUCAAGAUUCAGCUGGAAGAACUUCAGACUGCAUUUGUGAAGAUGAGCCAGGAUAACAUGGAGCUCACAACCGAGCUACAAUCUGAACAGCACGUUGGCAGUGAGCUUGGUUCAAGGCUGGGUCAACAAGAAAGUGAACUUGAAGAGACGAGGUCAAAGCUUGAAGGCACCGAGCGAGAGCUGGAGAAUGCCAAGACGCAGACGUACGAGCUGAACAAACAGCUGAUGCAGCAUGCGACCCUGGCCGAUAGAGCUCAACACUUUGAAGCUCAAGGCGGAGUCAAUGAAUCCCUCAGAACAGAUCUCAAACAAGCUCAGGAGCAGCUUCAGUCUCUGAGCAGUGAGAACAGUCAGCUAAGAGUGAGGAUUGCCAAUUUAGAGAGCUACCAACCGUCAUCCUCGGAUGAAGCAGACGGAGAAGGUCAAAAGAUGAGGAAAGAAGAUAUGGUUGACUCCCUGUCGGCUGCUAUCAGACAACUGGAAAUGGAGAGAGACCAUCUCAGGCAAGCUUUGGAUGACCAGCAGGAAGAAUACAAACAUCUACUUAAAGAAACAGAUCAACUCAGAUUUAACUCAGGUGGAUCCAGCAGAGCGCAGAGUCCCGUCACGCAGGAGGCUUACGAGACCCUGGAGCUGGCCAUGGAGAAGCUCCAGGAGAAGUUCGUCUAUGAGAUGAGGGUAAGGGCGGAGCUCGACGAUAGGAUCCAGGAGCUGGAGCACGUCAAUCUCCAGCUGGCUGGAGAAACAGAGACGAUAGGAGAAUACAUCACCUUAUAUCACAAUCAGAGGGACAUUAUGAAGAGGAGACAGGACGAUAGAGAACGGUUUGUCACUACAUUAGCAAGAGAGAAAGAAGAUAUGGAGGCCAAGCUGAACCAGCUCCAGAACCUCGUGGUCCAGCUACUACAGGAGAAGCAGCACCUGCAUCCCUACGCCCAUCAGAGCGAGAUCAAGAAGGCUCUCAGUCCACCUCAAGAUCCAAGGAAUGCUUUCAAGAUUGAACACGCCGAAGAAGCAGACGAAAAGAUGGAGCAUUCCAAUCAGAAUGACAUGGACUGGCCCUCGUCAUCCACAGAGAGUGGAGAUGGCGAUGGGAGCUUUGAGGACGUAUCGCUCGCAGACGACCAUUACCAGACAGCAGCACUGCCUUCACCCGAACAGCUCCCUCGCAGUGAACACACGGCACAGCAGAUCAUCCAGCUCCUACAGGAAAUGGGAUCCUCCGCAACGAGCAUCGACCGGAGCACCAUCCUAGACAGGGACUUCAUGCCAUGCAAGUAUUGUUCAGAUGUACUCCUUCACGUAUGACGACGUAUACGUGACGUGACGUGACAUAUGUGAUUGUCGACGUAUAUCACCUUUUCCAUCCAUGACUAAGAGAUUCUUCGGCUAGGUCUUCCGUCUGGCCACCAUGGCAGCGUCUUACAAAGAGUUACGGUUGAUCCAAAUUAAUCGCAAGUUUGAAGUCUCCUAUCUCUUAUGUACAUACUUGCGAUUGAUAUCAUUCGCAAAUAAGUUGCGAUUGAUAUCAACUCUUUGUAAUACGGGGCCCUGGUGUCACUUGAAGCUACUAUGUAACUUGUAAAGUGGAAUCCAGGCAUGGGUUUCGUCCUUGGCUGUCAUUAAUCGUAGCACCAUCUUAAAGAGACAGGGACUUCAUGCCAUGCAAGUAUUGUUGAGAUAUUCUUAUUGAUGCAUAAUGAUGUGACUGCUCAUGGCACCAGUUCCAUCCAUUACGAGUAACUAUUGAGUCAGGUGUUACGUCUGUACUGGCUUCCUAGUUUCACAAGAGAACUUCAGCUUCUAUUGAACAUACAACUGAAGUCAAUCUAGACUCUCAAAGGCCUCUAGGUUACUAAAAGGUCAAAGGCAGAGUUGAAGGGGAAAAAUAUAAUAGUAGCUGCGGGGGUUCUGGCAAAAUUGAUGCACAUACUUAAUGAAUCCAUUUGCCAUAUGCAUGAUUUCCAAGACAAACCAAAGUUAAACAAAUU